GAAAACGCUCUGACCGGAAGUUUGUCUGUCGUUAGCGGAAACGAGGCUUUUAGCUUCAGGAAAUCAGUAGGAGGAAAAAGGUUGGCUUUCUGAAAUCUAACUUGCACAACACCGAGUCAAACACAUAUUCGGCGCGGCAUACAACUAAAGCCGAUGGACCCUGAGACGAUAACACGGAAUCUGCGGUUUGUCCUUCGAUAGCACGCCCGGGUGCGGAGGCGCCGGGCCGGGCCAGAACCAGAACCAGGCCCGGGCGGAGGGACGUUAUCCAGCGCUGCGGUCUGAAUGUGUGAGAGAGGGAGGCUGGGAUGUUAUGUUCAGAGGAGGUGUUUAGUGUUUAUCAGCGUUAGUAGGACUUGCAGCAGGUUCUGGUUCGAGUCCGUGAGAACUGAUCAAAUAUAAAGAGGCGCGAGCAUGGGAGCGCGUGAGCACAGCCAACAGCAGCACGGGGCCAGCUUGAACGUGAGCUAACAGGAGAGGGAGCGGACUUCAACUUUUCCUCCUCAAGAAGCCUCAAAAAACACGAAAAUAAAACAGGUAUGAGCUGUAUACCUGGGUUCAUGUGAAGGGCGAAAAGUCGUUGUACGUCGCCUAAAAUUCUCCGUUUCGCUCGUGAGCUCGUAGAGGCUAAAUAAAUGUGUGUGGAGCGAGUAUAGCAGAUCGGCUAAGUCGUUAGCUGCUAAGUUAGCCUGCCUCUCCUGCCUGCCUGUCUGCCUCAAUGAAAGAGUACAAAGUGGUCGUGCUGGGCAGCGGCGGCGUCGGCAAGUCCGCGCUGACCGUCCAGUUUGUCACCGGCACCUUCAUCGAGAAAUACGACCCGACCAUCGAGGACUUUUACCGAAAAGAGAUCGAGGUGGACUCGUCUCCCUCCGUUCUUGAGAUCCUGGACACGGCGGGGACGGAACAGUUCGCCUCCAUGAGAGAUCUCUACAUCAAGAACGGACAGGGCUUCAUCCUGGUCUACAGCCUGGUCAACCAGCAGUCAUUCCAGGUACCUCAUCUUAUAAUAAUAAUAAUAAUAAUACACUUAUUCAACACAAGGAGACCCUCAAUGCAUUUAUCCAGAGCAUUGAGACCCUCUAUUACACGGUAAUUUAUCAAUUUGUAGGAGGAAAAUGCAUUUAUAACCUGGCAAGCAGAAAUGAAAAUUAAAGUAAUCAUUUUUUAAUAAACUAGGUGAUUUACCUUCCACACAUCCUAGUGAUACAGUGUUGAAGACCCCAACUUUAGAGUCUUACCUUCCCCAAAGAUGCAGAUUCACCUGCUUGUUUUGCCUGGUUUAUCACGAUAUAUUUUUUUCAUAUCAGCUGAUAUCAAUAUGUGUCACGAUGCAAAAAAAUCAGUUGUCAAUCUGAAAUGUUCCCUGUUUCUCUUAAAGUCCCUGCACACAGCGGCCAACACGAAUAUAGAAUGCGAAAUCGCUAGAUAUUCGGAAGAGAAUUUUGACGCGCCUGACGAUACACAUCAAGCCCGAUGCGAUUUUGCAACGUUCCGGGGGGGAGACGCGUCCCGGGUGGAAGCGAGAAGACUGACACAACAGCAGACUGACUGUUUUUCAGUUCUGAUUAGACACUAGUGUUGAGAUGACUGUCUGUCAUGAUAGCAUGUACUGAGUCAGGGUCAGUACCAGAUAAGCACAUUAAACUGUAAUCCAAAAACACAAGGUAAUAACCGAGACCUAAUGGUGCUGUGACAGCAACGCGAUUGAGUUUGAGACAGUGAAAAUACAUAUGGUAUGUUGUAUCUGAACAUUAGCUUAGAGGUAAAGUUACUUAGCACAAGUUGUCCUUCAGGUCAUUAUCUUUGUAUUGUUUGUGUCUUUUAUCAUAAACCACUCUGUUCUCAGACACGUAAACAAUUAGCUGGUUGGUCAUGUUGGAUAUACCAGUAAAUCAGACGUCACAACAGCACGCAAUCUUAUUGGUCAAAAGUGGACGCACAGUGUGCGGAACUUUAGAAAAAUCGACCAUGAUCCAAAAAAAUAAAUGCUGCAAUAUCGCAGGAUGGGAAAACGUUGCUGAUGUGAACGCUUGUAUUGACAGGAUACGGGUUCGGAAAAAAUAUUGACGUCCGAAAUAAUCACACCUAAAAAAAGGUCCCGGUGUGAAAGGGCCUUAAGGCUACUUUCACACUGCAGGUUAUGAUGCACAAUUCUGAUCUUUAGUUAAAUCCGAUUUUUUUGAGCAUUCUUUCACAUUACAACAACGAAAGCGGCAUCUAAUGUGAACAGAAUGCGUCCGUGAAGUGACCUGCAUGCGCACAAAGCACAAAUUGCUUUCCGCGCCGAACAAUGUUGAACAAUGGUGACGUUUGUCGCAUAUUGAUGACAUGUAGGUCGGAUGAACACGACCUGAGCGUCCACACUGCAGUCACAUCAAAAACAUAACCGAUUUAUAUCCAAAUACAAAGGAGGCCUGGGUCGAUUUGAAAAAAUCAGAAUUGUACUGUUCAAACUGAUAUGAAAAAAUCAGAUAUGUGUCACAUAUGGUUAAAAAAUCUGAAUUGACCUGCAGUGUGAACACAGCCUUAAACAAAAAUUCAACACAUACUCAACUCUGCUUCAUGUCCGACUUCAAAAAACCAAAGUACCACCACUCCAUUGAUGUUUUCAUGUCAGUGUUGUUGACGAUGUCGUCAUCUGUUGAGCCUUCAUCUGCAUUUCUGCCGGGGGGGUAGCGCUCAUUUUCUAUUUUCUCACCAACAGUGCUGUUAGCUUCACCUGUUAAAAUGUUGCACUAUGGCUGUACGCUGCUACUACACAGUUGUUUUCUUUGACUAUUCGUAUAGUCUACCGAAACAUGGCAGAAUGCCGGCUAUCGAAAAGCAUAUUGACCAUGUUUCAUAUUGAUAUCAAAGGGAAUUAAUUUUUGAUACCAUUAUCGUUAUAUCGCCCAGCCCUAAUUCUGUACAGCAAUCCACACCAGGACAUCUUCCUUUGUAUUUAGGCUCACAGGUUCUAAUUAAAGUGAGCGACAGUCAUUCAAAGCCACAGAGAUCCUUGAAUAUCUAUUAUGAGGAAUCUGUGGGCAGUGGUACCUCAUGUGUUAUAAUCCAGGUAUUAUUAAAGCUCCUGUGAGAAAUAUUUGGGUUUGUGUGGAUAUCGAUCUGUUCUGCAGUUAGCGUUUCUUGACAAAAUGUCUCAUUGUGUUGUCUUUUAAUAACCAGAUGAAUCACUCCAUCUAAUUUGAGGAACAUGUGGACACCUGUCCCUCGCUUGUGUUUUCAGACAGUGAAAAAAGCUGUAAAUAAAUAGUCUUUAAUCUUGUUGAUGAUUUUGUUGGUAUGUUUUUAGGUCACAGAGUCAUCAUUUUUAAUUAGUCUGUUUCGUAACCAGCUGAAAACUCCUCACAGAGGCCUUCACCACAUUAUGUUAGUAACUGUAGAGUGACAAGUGUCAUCAAAAUGCAAAUGAACUAAACAAAGCUGUAAUCCAUAAUGCAUUUAUUUUUUUACCAUACAUCUUUACAUACAUAUGAACAUGAAAGUAUGACAUUGUUCAUUCUAAAGUUAUAGACUGGUUAAGAGUUUUAAUAUAAGUAAGAUGUAGUGAGAAAGCAAAAAGCUGCAGGUGAUGAGGGCGGCUAUACAUGCAAUGACAAAUUGUACCAGGGUCUUAAUGUAGGUUGUGUCCUGAGUUCUGACCUACAAAAAUACUCUAUACUGCAAGUUAGAUUCUUUUUUCCCUUUGCACACUGGGUAAUGAACUGCAGUCCUAUUUAUUGUUGCAGUUAUGAUACCAUCUUUUGACAAUCUGCACACUCAUUCCCCUCUCUCUUUUCAUCCCGAAGGACAUCAGACCAAUGCGAGACCAAAUAGUGCGAGUCAAGCGCUUCGAGAAGGUGCCAUUGAUCCUAGUCGGGAACAAAGUGGACCUGGAGUCUGAGCGUGAGGUUGCCGGGUCGGAUGGGAGAGCUCUGGCCCAAGAGUGGGGCUGCCCCUUCAUUGAAACUUCUGCAAAGAGCAAGACCAUGGUGGACGAGCUAUUCGCAGAAAUCGUUCGACAGAUGAAUUAUUCCACACUGCCGGAGAAGCAGGAGCAGUGCUGUACAGCCUGUGUGGUGCAGUGAGGAAGAGGUACAAGCACUGUCAUUGUUAUUCUCUUUUUGCAUGGCUGUGUUCACAUCCACUCUGCAGCUCCGAGCUCUCAAAGCACAACACAGUUGGCUGUGCGCUAAUUUUACAAAACGUGCUAAAAUGUCCCCGCAGUGUCUGUGUAGAAUCAGUUCACAGGCUGAGGAGAAAUUUAUCACAAAGAUGAGUGUGUCGUCUCAGCGCAGUGUAAGGCAGAGGAGAGGUUCAGUUGGAAGUGAGAACAGCGAGUGGGUGGUGCUGUAUGGCGCAAAAAAACCGUUGGUUUAGCUUGUUAUCAUAGGAUCACAGAAAGUAUGCGGCAUGAAGAACACAACUGUAAGAACAGCUCAGGGGCCAGGAGGGAAAAAGAGCCUGAAGAGUGGAGGUGAACUGUGAGCGAGGGGAAAAUGUGACACCUCAGUAAAGAGAUUCGAUUCAAAAACAGGAAGUUGACUGAAGAGUGUUUGACAGAUGUUCUCUCUGUGAUAACCACAUACAUCCAGGCAUUUAAACCUGCUGUGGUAUUAAACUGUUCUUUUAUUGUUUUUGUGUGUGUGUUUAUAGAUGCGUCUUCUGUCUGGAUCUCCACAAAGAUUCUGAUGAACCAUGAACCCGAGGACUACGUGACAUUUGAUCCUACUGACAGAACUUACCGCAGCUGGUAAAGGUUUUGUUCACGAUGGUUUCUGACCGAAUGUGGCAAAGCAUCUGGCAGGAAAGACGUCAGUUCUAUUUUUGAUAUCAUAACUGUUGAGACGUUUCUGCUGCAACCUUUACGGCCUUGGCAACGACCUAGGAUGGAGUCAGACAGACGGACUUUUAAUAAGCAAGAACGACCAUCUGUGAAUUUCAGUCUUUUUUUCUAUCUUUUAGUCGAAAGUAUCUCUGAAAUAAUAAGCAGGAGUGUUUUGUGAGGUUGCAGCUUCUUUUUAAAGCUGCUUUAAUCACUAUUAUAUACUUUAUUAUUACUUGUAUUAUGUCUCAAGUUUUGAAUUUGACAAAGUAUUUCAUAAUAUUGAAACAUUUUAACUUUUAAGCGUGCAUGCUUAAAAGUCACCCAAACCGUUUGCUGCCCAGGUACUCUGCUGAUUUUAUUUCUAGGAUUUUGUCUUAAACUGUUUUUCCUUCAGACACAAAUUACUGCUGUGUCUGCGACAGGGAGACGAUUUUAACACGAGGGAACUCAUACAUGAUAAAUGAAACUUUCUGGAUUGAACCUGUAACACUCAGAUGGAGUCAUUCUCCAUCCAGCAGCCCCCUCUGCUGCCCCUCUUGUAAUGGCAGGAACCUGGAGCAGUUAAACUCAUCCGAAAACAUGCAUGCUUAAAAUUGAUAAAUGUUCUACUAAAUCAACUUGAAGUGAUAAGGAAGAGCCAUUAUACUGUUUUAGCCUGAAUUCUGUCAUAGUCUCUACAAGGCAUGAACCCCGUGGACGCAGGUCUUCCAGUUUCAGUUUUCUCUGUGGGAGGAUGAUUUUGGAACGACCAAAGGAAGCUCACAGUGCAUAUUUCAGUGUUUGACUAUAUGACGUGUGUUGCUUUAAAUUCAGGAGACGCCGGUUUCCUUUUUUCCAUUAAAUAACUCUUGCUGCGAUGUGGUUUGAUAAAAGUUCUGGCACAGUUAAUCAGACUUAACUUUGUAUUUUUCUUUUUCUUAUAGUAACCUAUUUAUUAAAAACUAAUGACAUGGGUAGCCAGUUUUAAACUUUUGAUUUUUAAACUAGUUUUGGCUUUUUGUGACUUUUCAGGAUUCAUGGUACAUUGUUUUUUGAAGCUGAGGAUUUAACAGAGCCUUAAAUAAUUUCUGUUGCACCCUGGUCUCAUGUUUCUUUAUUUUCUGUUCUAAAAGGUAAAAAGCUGUCAAUGUUUGAUAAUAAACAUGUUGGCCUUUCUGCUGUUG